AACAAGUACUCGGCCGUGAUCACGCAGCGACGGUCGCAGGGAGCGGGGCAGGCGCAGCUGUACGCCACCGACGUGGGCAAGGUGCCGGGCGGCAUGAACAAGGUGCAGGUCGGCAUCGCCUCGGUGUGGUACGAGGGCAACCCGUGCAACAUGCACCUGCUCGACAUCGCCGGCGCCGCCAAGGAGAGCUGCGAGAGGAGCGGGAUGGUGGGCCUGCGCUUCAACUCGAUCGGCGUCUCCGACGGCAUCUCCAACGGCACCGACGGCAUGGCAUACUCCCUCCAGUCGCGAGACCUGAUCGCAGACGGCAUCGAGACGGUGAUGGGCGCGCAGUUCUACGAUGCGAACCUCUCGAUCCCUGGCUGCGACAAGAACAUGCCCGGCUGCAUCAUGGCGAUGGCGAGAGUCAACCGGCCCUCGGUGAUGGUCUACGGAGGCACCAUCCGCGCGGGCUGCCGGCCAGACAAGGACGAGAAGCUCGACAUCAUCUCGGCCUUCCAGGCGCUCGACGUCGUGCGGCACGCCUGCCCUGGCCCGGGCGCGUGCGGCGGGAUGUAUACGGCCAACACCAUGGCGUCGGCGAUCGAGACGCUGGGCAUGUCUGUGCCGUACUCGUCCUCGAUCCCUGCCUGGGAGCCGGCUGCCAACGGGGGGAAGGGCGGGCUGCACCCGGAGAAGGUGUCCGAGGUGCGGAGGGCGGUGGAGGCGCUGCAGCACUGCAUCGCCGUCGGCCUCAAGCCGCGCGAUAUCAUGACGAAGCACGCCUUCGAGAACGCCGUCCGGCUGGUGAUGGUGACGGGCGGGUCGACAAACGCGACCAUCCACCUCAUCGCGAUGGCGCGUGCUGCCGGCGUCGACCUCACGCUGCACGACUUCCGCCGGAUCGCGGCGGAGACGCCCUUCUUGGCGAACCUCAAGCCGAGUGGCAAGUACGUGAUGGAGGACUUGCACGCCGUCGGAGGCACGCCCGCCGUGCUAAAGUACAUGCUGCAGGAGGGCCUGCUGCACGGCGAUUGCAUGACUGUCACCGGCAAGACCAUCGCCGAGAACAUCGCCGACCUCCCUCCGCUGGCGGAGGGGCAGGACGUCAUCUACCCCGUCUCGAAGCCUGUCAAGGCGACGGGGCACAUCGCCAUUCUCGAGGGCAACCUGGCGCCCGAGGGCGCCGUGGGGAAGAUCACGGGCAAGGAGGGGGUCCGGUUCAGCGGGCCGGCGCGCUGCUUCGACGCGGAGGAGGAGAUGAUGGCUGCGGUGGUGCAGGACCCGCAGGCGCUCAAGGGGGCGGUGAUCGUGAUCCGGUACGAGGGGCCAAAGGGCGGGCCGGGCAUGAAGGAGAUGCUCUCCCCGACCUCGCUCGUCAUGGGCGCCGGCCUCGGGCACGACGUCGCACUCAUCACCGACGGCCGCUUCUCGGGCGGCUCGCACGGCUUCUGCGUGGGGCACGUCGCGCCCGAGGCGCAGGUGGGGGGGCCGAUCGCGCUGGUGAGGGACGGGGACCUUGUCACCAUCGACGCCGAGACGCUCGAGAUCAAGGUCGACCUCUCUGAGGCCGAGCUGGCGGCGCGGCGCGGCGCGUGGGAGGCGCCGCCGUACAAGUACACGCGAGGCACAAUGUACCGCUACAUCAAGACCGUCUCGUCGGCGCAGAAGGGGUGCGUCACCGACGAGUGACCGCGCGCGCGGCGCCGAGCCCCCCCCCUCCUCCACCGCCGCCGGCCUCGAACACCCCACCUCUCGCUGUCUGGCCUUGGCCGCCCUCUGCGCUCUGCUCGCGCCGGCGGCUGAUCUCGCUCGCGCUGCCGCUGUCGCCCCACUGCGGUGGGGUUGACUUGGUCCCGCUCUCUCGCGCUGCCGGCGGGCGGCGUCGUGCGCCGCGUGCGACGCGCAACAACCCCCCCCCCCCCCCCUCCCCUCCU